AUGAAGGCAGAAAUCUUCCUGGGGCUGCUGGUGAUCCUCAGCCUGUUCCAGGCAUCUGUAUCUUCUUCCUUUGAUCUGCCAGAGGAGCUGUCAGACGCAUCCCUCCUGAGCAGCGUGGAUGAAGCCAAGCAGCUGGUGGAUGCAGCCUACAAGCACACACGCGACCGCAUAAAGGAGCACCUGCAGAACGAUGCAUUGGCCCCAGUAAAGCUUCUGGGAUAUUUCAAACAGCCAGUGGCAGGGACUCGGGCUGCUGUUCGGGCUGCAGAUUACAUGGAAACCACACUGACCCUCCUCAAAGAGAAGCUGCAAUGGGCUGUGAGGGGGGACUUCAAUGUCACAGACUUGCUGACGCCGGCUCAGCUGGAGAUGAUUUUCAAGGCAAGUGGUUGUGACCAGCAGGAUAAGAAAAUAAAUUGUGGCACUUCUUCCUGCUACCGAACGAUCACUGGCGAGUGCAACAACAGGAGAAACCCAUCACUAGGAGCUUCAAACAGAGCCCUGGUCAGAUGGUUGCCAGCAGAAUAUGAGGAUGGCGUGUCAGUCCCCCACGGGUGGACAGAAGGAAAGCGUUUCUCUGGAUUCCCCUUUCCACUGGUUCGAAAAGUGUCAAACGAGAUUGUCCGCUUCCCCCCCGAGCAGCUCAGGAUGGACCAGCAGAGAUCACUCAUGUUCAUGCAGUGGGGCCAGUUUAUUGACCAUGACCUGGAUUUCAGUCCAGACACCCCAGCCAGAGUCACCUUCAGUGGCAAGGUGGACUGUGACACCAGCUGUGCCAAGCAGCCCCCCUGCUUUCCCAUCAAGAUCCCACCCAAUGACCCACGAAUUAAAAACACGAGAGAUUGCCUUCCUUUCUUCCGCUCAGCUCCUGCUUGUACCAGCGGCAGAGCAAUUCGAGAUCAGAUCAACGCGCUCACCUCCUUUCUUGAUGGCAGCAUGGUGUACGGCAGUGAAGUGCCUUUGGCCAACAAACUGAGGGAUCAAACCAACCAGCUGGGCUUGCUGGCUGUUAACCAGAAUUUCACUGAUAAGGGGAAGGCAUAUAUGCCCUUUAACAACAUGCAGAAGAGCCCCUGUCUUACAGUCAGCAGAGGAGCUAAAAUCCCUUGCUUUCUUGCAGGUGAUUCUCGAGCAAACGAGAUGCUGGAGCUGGCAUGCAUGCACACACUCUUUUUGCGGGAGCACAACCGCCUGGCUAGAGAGCUGAAGAGACUAAAUCCCCACUGGAAUGGAGAAAAGCUCUACCAGGAGGCACGAAAGAUCCUGGGUGCCAUGAUCCAGAUUAUAACCUACAGGGACUACCUGCCUCUUCUGUUGGGAACCAGUUUCCGGAGAUUGAUUCCUCGCUACCGGGGCUACAAUGAGUCUGUGGAUCCUCGAAUAUCCAAUGUCUUCACCCUGGCUUUUCGUUUUGCUCAUGCUUCAGUUCCCCCAACUGUUGACCGCUUAGAUCAAAAUUACAAGUCCAUAGGUCCCAAAAUUCAACUCAGAAAUGCCUUCUUUGCUGUCUGGAGGAUUGUUAAAGAAGGUGGUAUUGACCCCUUUCUCCGGAGCCUGAUGGCUAAUCAGGCCAAGCUGAUGACACAGCAGCAAAUGCUUGUGGAUGAGCUCCGGGAUCGGAUGUUUGAGCAUGUCGAAAGGAUUGGGUUUGAUUUAGCUGCACUUAACAUGCAGCGUAGCAGAGAUCAUGGCCUCCCAGGCUAUAACUCCUGGAGACAAUUCUGUGGGCUCUCACAACCUUCCGGAUUGAAGACACUUGCUCGAGUGUUGAGGAAUCAUGGUUUGGCAAAGAAGUUCAUAGAGCUGUAUGGGACACCAAAGAAUAUUGAUAUUUGGAUUGGGGCACUUGCAGAGCCCUUUGUGAAUGGAGGCAGAGUUGGGCCUCUCAUGGCUUGCCUUAUUGGCACCCAGUUCAGGAACAUUCGUGAUGGGGACAGGUUUUGGUGGGAGAGCAGAGGGGUUUUCACUCCUCGGCAGCGCUCUUCACUGGACAAAAUCUCCUUGUCACGAAUAAUAUGUGACAACACCCACAUCUCUAAAGUACCAAGACAUAUCUUCCAGGCUAACAGAUACCCUUGUGGCUUUGUGAGCUGCAGCCAGAUCCCAAAGCUGGACCUCAGAGCCUGGAAGUCGAAGAAGACUGAGGAAGUUACAGAGCAAGGUAUAAGGUUCAAACAGCAGAUAGUUCCUGCCUGCGAACAUGUGAGAUAA